CCCAUCCCCUCCACUCCGCCGAUCCCCAAAAUCCAAAGCCCAAGGAAACGAAAUGGGCAAUGGCAUCGCCAAGAACCCAUGCUUCUCCGGCGAUGCCUACGCCGCCGCCGUCGCGUCCGACACUCUCCCCGACGACAGCCAUGGCCACUCCUUCACCUACGUGCCAUCGGUCGCCGCCUUCGACCAGCCCCCGACGGCUGCCGCCAUGUCGUCGGAGCCGGCGUUUUUCUCGCUGUCCGGCGCGGCCAUCAGCGCUAACGUGGCGACGUCCGCGUCGAUGCCGUCGUUCCGUCUGCUCAACGAGCUAACGUGGCCGCCGACGACCGCGUGCACCUUCGAGAGCUCGCGCUCCUUCGCCGCCGUGCCGCUCCAGGCCGCACCACCUAGGCUGUCCAUGUCCGGACCGCUCCAGUCGAUGUCCAGUCGUUUCUCCGAAACGUCCGGCUCCGCGUCCACCAUCUCCGGCCCGCUCUCGGACCGUCCCUUCAUGUCUGGCGCGCUUGACCGCUCCUUGUCCGUCUCCUACUCCGUGAGGCUUCAACCCAGCGUUUCUCAGCUCAUCGCUGGGCGCCGCGCCGCGAGCUCCUCCCGCCGCAAUGAGCGAUCACUUCUCCGGUUCUUGUUCAGGGCCGCCUCCAGGCUCCAGUUCAGGUCGCUGCGCUAUGGCCGUCGGCCACACGAACCUGCUGAGCCGAUAAAGGUCUCCUUCAGCGACGGGGACUACCGCUCGCCGUCGAACGGCAAUGUGGAGUGGGCUCAAGGCAUGGCCGGCGAGGACCGGUUCCAUGUCGCGGUAUCGGAGGAGCACGGCUGGGUGUUCGUCGGGAUUUACGACGGCUUCAAUGGCCCCGACGCGACCGACUACCUCUUCGCCAACCUCUACGUUGCCGUGCACAGCGAGCUAAAAGGCGUGCUCUGGGACGACAUCCAAGGCGGCGACGGCUCCAGGUGCAGUCACCAAGAACCUUCUCCAACCAAUGCCGGACGCCUCUGUUUCGCGGAGGAGGGAGGCGACAGCGCGGAGGCUAAACGUAGACGAACGGAACGGCCCGUGGCAGGCAACGCCUCGGCAAUGCAUCGCGACGUCCUGAGGGCGCUGGCGCGGGCGCUGAGGAACACAGAGGAGGCGUUCUUCGAGGCGGCGGAGGAGCGCGCGGCUGAGAGCCCGGAGCUGGGGCUGAUGGGGUCGUGCGUGCUGGUGAUGCUGAUGAAGGGCGCGGACGUGUACGUGAUGAACGUCGGGGACAGCCGCGCCGUGCUGGCGCGGAGGUCGGAGCCCGACCUCAAGGACAUCCUCGGCAAGGCGGCGCAGGACCUGCAGCAGUUCAAGGCCGAGAUCAUGCGCGAGCUCGAGGCGCACGACAGGGACGGCCUCCAAACCGUGCAGCUCACCCCUGAGCAUAGCACGGCCGUCGAGGAAGAGGUGAGGAGGAUCAAGGGCCAGCAUCUGAGUGAUCGGAAUGCGAUCGUCAAUGGCCGGGUGAAGGGGAAGCUCAACGUGACAAGAGCAUUUGGGGUUGGCUACCUGAAGCAGCCAAAGUGGAACAGCAGGCUGCUGGAAGCCUUCAAGAUCAACUACGUCGGCACGGACCCAUAUGUGACCUGCACCCCGUCGCUGUGCCACCACCGCAUCGGCUCGGCGGACAAGUUCCUGGUGCUGUCCUCCGACGGGCUCUACCAGUACUUCACCAACAAGGAGGUGGUCGACCAGGUGGAGACGUUCACCGCCGCGCAACCCGACGGCGACCCCGCGCAGCACCUCGUCGCGGAGCUCGUGAUCCGCGCCGCGAGGAAGGCUGGGAUGGCGUCGCACGAGCUGCUCGACAUACCGCACGGCGCGAGGAGGCGCUACCAUGACGACGUGUCCAUCAUCGUGAUCUCGUUCGAGGGGAGGAUAUGGAGGUCCUCUGUCUAGGUGCGAGUGUUUCAGGAUGCAGAGUUAGAAGAAGAGAUGGAAAUGGAACCGGAUGCUUCGUUCAGUAGGGUACAGUCGACCAUCUGAAGGGCGAGAGUAUUGUGCUGCCGAUAGAUUGCUGGAGCACAUGCGCCAUGAAAAGAGCUGCCUCUUGUUUCACCUUCCGAGACAACCAUGUUCGCUUCUGCCGAAACUGUUGUACAUAGUUCGCCAGGAGGAACUCAAGUAGGCUUAUGUAAUCCUAAAAAAAAAAAGGGAAAAACAAAAACAAAGAAAUAGUAGUAGCAUGUAACUAGGCUUAUUUGCGAUCGAAAGAAGAA